CUCACCGCGCCGGGGCGGGCGGCCGGCUAGCGGGCUGAGUGGGGCACUGCGCGGGGCGCGCGGCUUGGGGUACCCGAGGCCCCCCAUCUUUGUCAGGUGUUCGGGUUCUGGUCCAAGUCCCAAGCAGUGGAAGGCGGGCAAACGGGAGUCAUGCAGUCCGAAUCAGGAAUCGUGGCGGAUUUCGAAGUCGGGGAGGAGUUUCACGAAGAACCCAAAACCUAUUACGAACUCAAAAGUCAACCUCUGAAGAGCAGCAGUUCUGCAGAGCAUUCUGGGGCCUCCAAGCCUCCGUUAAGCUCCUCCACUAUGACAUCACGCAUCUUGCUACGCCAACAACUCAUGCGUGAGCAGAUGCAGGAGCAGGAGCGCAGGGAGCAGCAGCAGAAGCUGCAGGCAGCCCAGUUCAUGCAACAGAGAGUGGCCGUGAGUCAGACACCAGCCAUAAACGUCAGCGUGCCCACCACCCUUCCCUCUGCCACCCAGGUGCCGAUGGAAGUCCUUAAGGUGCAGACCCACCUGGAAAACCCCACCAAGUACCACAUACAGCAAGCCCAGAGGCACCAGGUAAAGCAGUACCUUUCUACCACUUUAGCAAAUAAACAUGCCAGCCAAGUCCUGAGCUCGCCAUGUCCAAACCAGCCUGGCGACCAUGCCAUGCCACCAGUGCCGGGGAGCAGCGCACCCAACAGCCCCAUGGCUAUGCUCACUCUUAACUCCAACUGUGAAAAAGAGGCAUUUUAUAAGUUUGAGGAGCAGAGCAGGGCAGAGAGUGAGUGCCCAGGUAUGAACACGCACUCUCGAGCGUCGUGCAUGCAGAUGGAUGAUGUAAUUGAUGACAUCAUUAGCCUGGAAUCAAGUUAUAAUGAAGAAAUUUUGGGCUUGAUGGAUCCAGCCUUGCAAAUGGCAAAUACGUUACCUGUCUCUGGAAACUUGAUCGACCUGUACAGCAACCAGGGCCUGCCACCCCCAGGCCUUACCAUCAGCAACUCUUGUCCAGCCAACCUUCCCAACAUAAAAAGGGAGCUCACAGCGUGUAUUUUCCCCACAGAGUCUGAAGCAAGAGCAUUGGCUAAAGAGAGGCAGAAAAAGGACAAUCACAACUUGAUUGAACGAAGAAGAAGAUUUAACAUAAAUGACCGCAUUAAGGAACUAGGUACUUUGAUCCCCAAGUCAAAUGAUCCGGACAUGCGGUGGAAUAAGGGAACAAUUCUCAAGGCCUCUGUGGACUACAUCAGGAAGUUGCAACGAGAACAGCAACGAGCUAAGGACCUUGAAAACCGACAGAAGAAGCUGGAGCAUGCUAACCGGCAUCUGCUGCUCAGAGUACAGGAGCUCGAGAUGCAGGCUAGAGCGCACGGACUUUCCCUUAUCCCAUCCACCGGUCUCUGCUCACCUGAUCUGGUGAAUCGGAUCAUCAAGCAAGAACCAGUUCUUGACAACUGCAGCCAGGAACUUGUACAGCACCAGGCCGACCUGACAUGUACAACGACUCUGGAUCUCACGGACGGUACCAUCACCUUUACCAACAACCUUGGAACCAUGCCGGAGAGCAGCCCGGCCUACAACAUCCCCAGGAAGAUGGGCUCUAACUUGGAAGACAUCCUGAUGGACGAUGCCCUCUCACCUGUUGGUGUCACCGACCCACUGCUGUCAUCAGUGUCCCCAGGAGCUUCGAAAACAAGUAGCCGGAGGAGCAGUAUGAGCGCAGAAGAAACAGAUCAUGCGUGUUAGCGGGCCUGCCUCGUUCAGCCUCUGCAGACUGCACCCUCUCUCUUCAGGAAACAGAGCAUGCGUGUUAGCGGGCCUGCCUUGUUCAGCCUCUGCACAGACUGCUCCCUCUCUUCAGUAGACUUUAUAAUUUACCUGAAGAGGUUUUCUUGAUAAUUUUCCUUUAAUAUGAAUUUUUCGUGCUUUAUCAGUAGCCCAGGAUAUAUUUUAUUUUUAGAAUUUUGUGAGCCAGACUUGUAUAUUCUAUUUUACAACUCCAAAGGCCUCCUAAGUAUUGUACCUUCAGCGUGCAGUAUCUGUGAACUGAUUUCUUGAAGCGUGAGGUUUUUGAGCAAGGGGAAUUUUUUUUUUUUUUUUUUUUUUUUGCUUCAGAGAAGUGUCUGUCCAUUUUCAUUCAGGGGAAAACUUGGUGUGAGCUUUGUCUGUCUGUGACCUCCUUUGAAAUUAACAUGUAAAGUUUAAUUACACGAAUGUAAAGCAACCAAAAGAAGAAAACAAAGAUGAUGAUAAUUAUGAUGAUAGAAGAAGAAGAAGAAGAAGAAGAAGAAGAAGAAGAAGAAGAAGAAGAAGAAGAAGAAGAAGAAGAAGAAGAAGAAGAAGACAACGACGACAACUGUGGAAAAGACAUCCAUGACUUUCUCACUUUAUAAAUGCGUCAGUUCCCUGGUACUGCCUUAAAGACACAGUGCCCUCCCAGCAUUACUACAUCUUUGUACUGAAAACUGCAUAAAAGAAGACUAUAUUAUAUAUAGACGAAUCUAGCAGUCAUUUUCAUGAGGAUUGUCUGGCUAGAAAAUGUAACUUAUGCUAACCCAAAUGGAAGGAAGUUAUUAGAACAAGACAUGAAACCUAAGAUCUGACCUGCUGGCUUUUAUUGGGCACAGUUAUAGUUUUCCUCAUAAGUGUAAUUCAAUUUUUCAUAAGGUUUUUUUUUUAAUGGAAAUGAAUGUCCUCUCUGAGUAAAAUAUUGAGGAGCACCGGAAGUUUGUUUCACUUUUUUUUUCAUUUUUGCUUUUGAUAAAGAUAGCUGAACUGGGCGUAUUUCUAAUUGGCUUUACUAUUUUUAUUUUUAAAUUAUGUUUUAGCCAUUUUAAUUGUAUAGAUUCUUUAUUAUCAUCAUUUUUUUCAGUGUUUGUAUUAAUUUGUAAGAAUAUUCAUCUUAAAAUGGUGAGUUUUCAGUACUUUUACAACUCACUGGUGGUUCUCUGCAUUCUUUGUAUACCCAAGAAAGACUACUUUUAUGCAAGGUCUUGUGUUCAAAGAGAGCUUUGCAAAUAUUUUGUAUAUUCCACUAUCACUUGAAACUGUUUUUCAACACAUUUAAGGUGUAGUAUUAAUAGAUUAACAACCAGGCUUUCUAGGAAAAAAUACUUACAUAUGCAUUUCUAGGGUAUGAAAAUAACUGUAUUCUUGAAGAUUGAUAGCCAUAGCAUUUGCCAUGCCCAUGAUGGUCAUUUCAAUUGGGAUUUAUUUCAACAAACCAGCUGGAUUCUUUUUAAAGAGAGAAACACUGUAUUGGCAGAUUACUUGAUAACAUUUUGACAAAGUGGCAACAUUGUAAAGUUAGUUUCUGUGCAUUACCUACUUGCAUAGCCCUAUGCAAUAUCUGUAGAGUUACAUGUAUUAAGUCUAGAUGUUUUGUGCAGGUGAUACAUACUGGUACAAGCCAGGCUGUCUAAUGGAAUUUCUCAGUAGCAGCCUGUGAUUGAAUCGUGAGUGGCAUAAAACAUCCUUUCAGAAUGAAGUGCCUUAAAAUCCCAGCAGUCUUUUUUGGACCAGCACUGACUGAACUGUAAAACUGGAGAAAGUUUCAAGAUGGAAUCGGGAGUGAAGAAGGAAGACGUAGCAUGGUGCCUCUGUAGACAUUCUAAGAGCUUCCAAUUUCCCUUCAGAUAUUUUUAAUAUGAAAUAUAUUUUACUGACAGUGCCAAAUUCUUUCAUCAGGAAACCUUUUUCAGGAGGGUUUUUUUUUAAAGUGUUUAAAUGUCAAAUGUGAAUUGGUGAUGGGUGAUGGAGAGAUCCCAGAGCAGUGAUUGUCAGAUGUAUGAAUGGAUGGCCGUGGUGAGAGUCGUCAAGUGCGCGGUUCCCAUGCAUGUUGGGUAAUGCAAAUCUUUGGAAACACUGAUGAUGCUAUCCAGUCUUGUAGCUUUAUUACUUAAGGGGGUAGGGAAAAUAAGUUCCCAUUCUUUCAACUCCCUUAAGUGUGUGACUCUUUUCCUAGAAUAGAAAUGCAAAUGUGCAUGAAAAGAUAAUUGUACCAUAGUGUUCACCGAUACAAUCAUAGCAUUGUCUGUUUUUCUCUUCAUAUUUAUAUGUGGGGUGGGGGGAAGAGGGCUGGAUGCAGAAGUUGAAGAUUGCAAUGCUAUGAUGCUAGGUUUUCUUAGCUGAUUCUGACAUUUUCGUUUUUCCUUUUUAAAUAAUUGAACAAGGUUUCACAAAGUUGACUGACCCACGGCUAAGCGACUAUGGCCAAGGCAGAGCAACUUUCUAGGAAGCUUUGUUGAGAGAAAGUAUGGCAUACUGCACCACUACCCUGGCCUGUAGCCUCGAAGCAUGCCGUCACUGGCUUCCCUGGCACCUUCCUCGUCAGAGGUAGCUGCUGGGAGAGACAGGCAGGCAAUUCAGAGGCGGCAGCAUAGGGAGUGGUUUUAUUUAUUUCUUUUGUGCCAGCCAGAAUGUGGAUUUUUUCAGGGACUGGUUAAGCCAAGAGGCAGUGUUUUUGCUCACUGUUUUUAAGGAGAGAAUGAUCCUUGCCACUCCCCAACUCCUGGGUGCAGAACUGUGUCUCAGGGUUGGACCUCCGUUUAUUUAGAGUGCUCAAAAUACCAAAAUUACCCACCCACCUCUGGGUAAGGUAAUGGAAAUACCAAACCUUCUGACUUUGCCAAAAACUAUACAAGCAAUCUGGUCAUACCCAGAGCAUGACACAGUUCAGUUUGGUUGUUUGUAAACAAUAAAGCAAUAAGAAUAAACACAAUGCACAGGACAUUAAAAGAUAUAAAACAAAGCACAAAGGAAUGUAACUUGUUAAUAUUUCUGGGGAAAAAUGCACUGGGGAGAAGUUGAUGUUGAUAAUAGUAUUAAAAAAAAAACCCAACUUCUUGACAAAGACAACAAAUGACUGUCUCUUGCGGACACUUGCUACUGUAAUGUCAAUAACAGCCCCCGCUGUUGGGUACAGCAAUACUUUCUGUAUGGUCCACAGCACUGUAUAUUAUGAUUGAUGUUAAUGUAUCCAAUGAGAUAAUUGAACUGUUGUUCUUCAUAGCCUCAUUAAAGCAUUUGGUUUUUCACAUUG